UUCUGCUUUCAGCGAUUCUGGUAUGUGUGGUAAGCCUGAGCAUUUUAGGGACAUAUUCCUCUUUGAGUCUUUUCCUUUUCUAAUUUUGAGGAUAAUAUAAAUAUAAUAUAUAGAAUUUUCGAUCCCUGUAUGGGGAUGUCCUAGUGUACAAUAAAUUAAUUUUAAACUUAAGAGAAAUAAACUACUCCCUAUGUUUCUAUAUGCGAGGCGUAUUUUGACCUACCCAAAUUCAUGCUUUGACCAAUAAUUUAAUUAAUAACAUGUGGGCUAUGUUUCACAAAAUUGAUGCCAUUGUAUUCAUAUUCAAAAUUUCAUGAUUGUUAUUUGGUACUCCGCCAAGGCGACCCUUUGUUGCUGAUGCUCUUCGUGAUUUUCAUUGACGUCCUGAACACUUUGAUUCAGCGGGUAGUCAAAGACGGGUUCCUGCAGUGCCUCACCAACCAUCAUAUUGCCUUGAGCAUUUCCCUCUUUGCCAAUGACAUUGUCAUCUUCUGUCACCUAGACGCUCAGGAUCAUGGCACGAUACAUGAGCUGCUUCGUUUAUUUCUCGAUGUGCUCCACUGCACCGACCCAAUGCCAGCCUGCGGCGAUGAAGCCAUCGGUGACGGCCUGUCCUGCCCCAUAACCAAUUUCCCCAUCCCAUAUCUAGGGCUGCCGCUGUCAGUUCGGCAAAUUCCAUCAUCCAUUCUCCAAGCGCUGGUUGAUCGGAUCGCAGGGAAGUUCACUACCUGGCGGGCAGGAUGUCUAAAAGGGGUAAAGCUUGUGCUGGCCCGACACAUUCCUAGUACCAUGCCAGUGCAUAUCCUCCUGGCCAUGGUACUAAAUCCGUCGAUUUUCAAGAAGAUUGACUGUAUCCAACUCGAAUUCCUCUGGUAUGGUCAGUGGGAAACUAGUUGUCGAGUGGAGGCCAAUGUUUCUCAACUGACAGCUGGUCUGCUGGCCGUUGGCGCUUGGCUGAUUACUGAUAGAAGCUCGCCAGCAUGCAUAUUUGAAGAUAAAGCAAAAUUAUUACAUGUUUAGUGCAGAAUGUGAUGAUAUCAGCAUCAUGUCAAAGUGCAAUAUGGUAAAUUAGGCUGAGCAUAAAAAAAUUGAACUUGACUAGAUUCAGGCUUGCUGCAAAACACACACAAAUUGGGCACACACCUUUAAAAGAUGCACUUUCCUUUUCAACUGACAUGUA